CAUGGACGGAGGACCUGCGUCCUAGACACUUCCGGAAGUGGCUCCCUCAGGCGCCCGCCGGGCACCAUAGAGCUGGGGGCGGCGGCCGGGAUAGCGGGCUCGCCUUCCUAGAGCGGCGAGGACAGGGUGGCGGCCCCGGGGGGAGGGCGUAGGGAGAAGGGGGGAGCGGCGCGGGCGGAAGCGGCCGGGAAGGUCACUUCCGGCCUGGGCGCCCGUCCCCCUGACCCCAGGGUCUGAGUCGCCGCUGCCGCCGCUGCCACCAUCCGCGAGGCAGGAGAGAGGAGGAGGAGUGCGGCACGGCGGCCCCGGGACCAAGGAGGGACCCAGACAUGGAGCUGCGGGAAGAAGCCUGGUCUCCGGGGCCGCUGGAUUCUGAGGACCAGCAGAUGGCCAGUCACGAGAACCCAGUGGACAUCCUCAUCAUGGAUGAUGACGACGUUCCCAGCUGGCCUCCCACCAAGCUGUCCCCGCCCCAGUCUGCGCCCCCAGCCGGCCCCCCUCCCCGGCCGCGGCCGCCCGCGCCCUACAUCUGCAACGAGUGUGGCAAGAGCUUUAGCCACUGGUCCAAGCUGACGCGGCACCAGCGCACGCACACCGGCGAGCGGCCCAACGCCUGUGCCGACUGCGGCAAGACCUUCUCGCAGAGCUCGCACCUGGUGCAGCACCGGCGCAUCCACACGGGCGAGAAGCCCUACGCCUGCUUGGAGUGCGGCAAGCGCUUCAGCUGGAGCUCCAACCUCAUGCAGCACCAGCGCAUCCACACGGGCGAGAAGCCCUACACCUGCCCCGACUGCGGCCGCAGCUUCACUCAGAGCAAGAGCCUAGCCAAGCACCGGCGCUCGCACAGCGGCCUCAAGCCCUUCGUGUGCCCGCGCUGCGGCCGCGGCUUUAGCCAGCCCAAGAGCCUCGCGCGUCACCUGCGGCUGCACCCGGAGCUGUCGGGGCCCGGCGUGGCAGCCAAGGUGCUGGCGGCCAGCGUCCGGCGGGCCAAGGGGCCCGAAGAGGCGGUGGCGGCGGACGGCGAGAUCGCCAUCCCGGUGGGCGAUGGCGAGGGCAUCAUCGUGGUGGGCGCGCCGGGCGAGGGGGCCGCGGCCGCGGCAGCCAUGGCGGGCGCGGGGGCCAAGGCCGCGGGGCCCCGGUCGCGGCGCGCCCCGGCCCCCAAGCCGUACGUGUGUCUGGAGUGCGGGAAGGGCUUCGGGCACGGGGCCGGGCUCCUGGCGCACCAGCGGGCCCAGCACGGGGACGGGCUCGGGGCGGCGGGGGGCGAGGAGCCGGCCCACAUCUGCGUGGAGUGCGGGGAGGGCUUUGUGCAGGGCGCCGCGCUCCGGAGACACAAGAAGAUCCACGCAGUGGGCGCGCCCUCGGUCUGCAGCAGCUGCGGACAGAGCUACUACCGGGCUGGCGGGGAGGAGGAGGAGGAGGAUGACGAGGCUGCGGGCGGGCGGUGCCCCGAGUGCCGCGCUGGGGAGGGCCGGUAGGGGCGGGGCCCGAGGGGGGGGCAGGGCCCCGCGGGCUUGGCGGGAACGACGAUGUGCAAGACCAAGAGACCCAGGGAGAAGCGGACGGGGUGCGAUGGACCCCGCGGUGUCCCAGGCUCCCCGCCCUCCUCUGCCCCCGCGCCGUGCACUGGGGGGGUAUUAGGGCCAGUUCACUUCUCCGCCUCAAGACGCUGCUUCCCUCAGCCUGGCCUGCCCUUCCUAGGUUAUCGGCCUGCGAGCCAGAGACGGACGAUGGAGAAAGUGUAGGGGCCGAGCAGCGACCAGGCCUCAAGCGGAAGGCCAUUUUCCCUCCUCUUCCUCAGUUGUCCGGGGUGGGGGUGGUGGUGCUGCGAGGAAUGGAGAAACCAGGCCCUUUGCGUUUAGAGGGUCCCAGAGAGGGAAGGGAAAUAGGGGCCCCUUUCUUAGAAUUUUCUUUUAAUCAGCCCACCUUUUGACUCCCCGCCCGCCUCAAUCCAUUAUUUUUUUCUGCCUUCCGGGUCCCAUCCGUUCUUAGAGCUCGAGUCGUUCCUUCCCCUCCUGGAUUCCGGGUAGCAGAGGCGGCCCCUGUGCCCAGCAAAGCCCCGCAGGAGGCGGGUGCUCGUUUGUCCCAGGUCUGGGCGUGGUGGAGGAAGGGGUGCUAGAAUAAUAAAUGGCACUAUCCAAACGUC